AAUUGGAGUACUAGCAAACGAAAAGAAAAGAAAAAGAAUUCACCUGGGGGCACUCACAUGCUACAAAAACCCUUCCCCUUCCCAUUCAAAACAAAGAGGCGGGAAAAGCAAAAUUUCACCCGCAGAGCUUCCCCAUUCCCCCAACCUCACAAAAAACCUCUUCGAAUUCUCACCCAUCCUCAAUAAACUCUUCACAAAAUCACCAAUUCGAGUUUCGCAAACCCUAGAUCUGACCAAACUUCCGGUCAACAAAAAAAAAAAAAAAAAAAAUCUCCGCUUUCCAAACCCUCAGUAUGGCCGAAACCCUAACCCCCAAUCCAACGACUGCUCAGAAGCAGAGGUCUGUCAUAACCUCUCGCCUCCACUCUCCCAUCAAAAGCCCCUUCUUUUUAGGCUCCAAUGACGACAGGCUCGAACGAGAGCAGGCGCGCGCCGCCCGUGCUGCUGCGGCGAAACGGAAAGCCGCCGCCGCCCCACCACAGCCUCCGCCCGAUGAUUGUCUCGACAAGCAGCAGAUUCUCGAGUUGUUCCAGAACUGCAUUAAACUCGCCAGUGAAAAUAAAAUAAACCAAAAGAAUACGUGGGAGCUGAGCCUGAUAGAUCACCUGUGUGAUAUAAUUAAGGUGGAACAAGAAGAUGACGCCGAAACAAAUUUUCAAAAGGCAAGUUGUACGCUGGAAGCUGGAGUUAAGAUUUACUCGAUGAGGGUGGAUUCGGUGCAUUCGGAGGCAUAUAAGGUCCUUGGAGGGAUUAAUCGAGUGGGACAAGAAAAUGAACAAGAUAACGUGGUGGAGGAUGGCAAUGCCAACAACGGGCAAGAGGGAGGAAAUUCUAAGAAAGAGCAAGAGAGGAAGGUGUCCCCGUUAUCCACAUUGGAAUCGUCGUUCGAGGCUCUUAAUGUGAAGAAAUUUGAUGUUGCAUUUGCGGUGGAUCCUCUCUAUCACCAGACAUCUGCCCAGUUUGAUGAAGGUGGGGCCAAGGGUCUCCUACUGAAUAACCUUGGAGUAUAUGGAAACUGUCGGGUGCUUUUUGAUUCAUUGGAAGUCCCAGGGAAGUGCAUGAUAUCUGCAAAUGCACAUGACAAAUUAGACACAAUUGAUCUUUCUUUUGCUAAAGAUUACAUAGAACGCAUGGUGUUGAACAUGCGCCCAAAUGAUGAAAUCUCUCCAACACUGAGGGAAAUAGUUGAUCAAUUUGACGAAAAUAGUAGAAGACCAUCAGAUACAUUUUCUUCUGGCCAGAAAUCGGCAGAGCAAGUUUAUGAAGGCGGUAGUAAUAGUAAUGGUGCUGAGUUUGAUGGUGAUGCAUAUGACAACUGUGGAACGUGCUUCGAUCAUGAUGAUCAAGCAAGUGUGGUUGGUGAAGAUUGUUAUGGUGGAGAUCCAACUUUACCAAGUCAUUAUCAGGAAAAUGAACAAUUUGAUGAUUUUCAUGAGCCUGACAUGGAUGGCAGGUUUGAGAAAGUUGAUGGGUAUUUGUUUUUAAGUUUGGGUUUUACUUCAAGACAAAAUGCUUGGGCAGGUCCUGAUCAUUGGAAGUAUCGGAAGGCAAAAGGUUCAGAGGAUCCUCCCACAGAAAAUGGGUCACCGUUAACAACAAAGAAACCGAGGAAUAAAAAACUAGCAGAUUUUGACAUUGACUUUACAAAAGCAUUGGACAAUGAGAUGUCUGAUGUCUUUGCUCCUCCUAAGAAUCCCAAGUCAAUACUGCUGCCAGUAAAUCGAGCACCUUGUAACACUACACUUCCAGAAGAUUGCCAUUAUCAACCUGAGGAUCUUGUCAAGUUAUUUCUUCUACCAAAUGUUACGUGCCUUGGGAGAAGGGGAAGAAAGUCAUCUGAAGAAUGGAGUCAACAUAGAGAUGAUUAUGGACCAUUGCCGACGUGGGAUGAUGAAAAUGAAUUUGGCGGUCAAUUUGAUGAUGGAGAUGCUCAUAGUGAUGUGGAGGACUCGAACACACUUGUUUCUCAGCCUCGUCAGGUGAAUAAGAUUGAAGUAAAGUAUGAUAAAGCUUCUAAACAAGUUGACGUUCAAGCACUGAAAGAAACUCUUUGGGACCAUAUCCGAGAGUUUACUCAAACAUCUGUUCAGGGGCAGGAAGAAGAAACAGUAUCUUUCAAGCAUUUGUUGGCCUGCUUUCCAAACGACUGCAGGGCGGCUGCAUCACUCGAGGAUAUCUCUCCCCAUUUGUGCUUCAUAUGCGUAUUGCAUUUAGCCAAUGAGCAUGGAUUGAGCAUCCGUGGCUGUACCAACAUGGAUGAUCUCAGCAUACACGUUCCUCACAAAGAUACGGCGUCGAGUGCUGAUAUUUGAUUCCUCCAUUUAUCCAUGUUCUUUUUGUGCUUUUGACCUUGUACGUGUUCUAGUUGGGGCUGUUGCUCCAUGUGUUAAUCAGGCUCUGUAGUUAUCCUCUAGUUAGUGCAAAGAUAUUUAGAAAUCUCACGAAUGUCACUGUUGUACCGUCAAUAUUGUCCAAAAUCUUGUGCAUGUGUUGCCGACUACCAUUUUGUCCAUUUGUGUUCCUUUUACAGCAGAAUUGUGCCAAUGAUUUCUUGAACACUUCACGUUCUUAUGUAUAGUUUGUGAAGAUCCCUUUAAUAUCUAAUUGCCUUACAGUUUCCAGCAAA